UUUUUUUUUUGCAUAUGAAAUGCUUGGAGUCGGUUUUUGCAGUGAUGGUUUCGCCUCUGUAUAAAGCCUGAGCGCUUCGCCCUUUCUUGUUACUUCCUCCUCCUCUCUGGGUUUUUUGUUUUGGUUCGACCAGGAAACAAGAAAAGAGUAUUAAAUGGAACCCCCCGGUCACGGAAUACCCAUCGAAACCCAUGAAGGGCGUGAGUGUGAGAUUGGUUUGGACAAGAAUUUCGGGUUUUUGGACCAGUUCGCCGCGCAGUACGAGAUGGGUAAGGAGAUUGGGAGGGGCGGUUUUGGGCGCACAUGCUCUGCCAAGGCCAAGGGGGGCAGCUUGAAAGGCCAAGAAGUUGCUGUCAAAGUCAUCCGUAAAUCAAAGAUGACAACAGCAACUGAUGUAGAGUGCGUGAGAAGAGAAGUGCAGAUUUUGCGGGCAUUAACUGAACGAAUUGGACAUAAGAACUUAAUCCAGUUUUAUGAUGCCUAUGAAGAUGGAGACAACGUUUACAUAGUCAUGGAGUUGUGUCAAGGAGGUGAGUUGUUUGACAGAAUAUUUUCAAGUGAUAAAGAUUACCCUGAAGAAGAUGCAAAGGCUGUUAUCAUUCAGAUAUUGAGUGUUGUAGCCUUCUGUCAUCUCCAGGGAGUUAUUCACCGUGAUCUAAAGCCAGAGAAUUUUCUUUUUGCGACAGGAGAUAAGAACUCUCCCCUUAAGCUCAUUGACUUUGGAAUUUCUGAAUAUAUAAAUCCAGGUGGCAGGUUGAAGGAUUUUGUGGGAAGCGAAUUUACUGUAGCUCCUGAUGUUCUACAUGCAUCCUACGGAACUGAAGCAGACAUGUGGAGUAUUGGUGUCAUUGCCUAUAUGUUACUAUGUGGUGAUCACCCUUUUUGGGGGCAGAAUCAAUCUGAAAUAUUCCGGGCGAUCCGUGAGGAAGAGCCAAGUUUUGAUGAAGACCCAUGGCCUUCGAUCCCUGAGGCAAUUGAUUUUGUGAAGAGAUUGUUGAACAAGAAUUACAGAAGGAGACCAACGGCUGCCCAGGCUUUGUGUCUUCCUUGGCUGGUUUCUCACCAUGAUGUCAAGAUACCACUAGAUAUGAUGAUGUGUAGGCUUGUAAUAGCCUAUAUGAGGUCAUCUCCUCCACAAAAAGCAGCUUUGCAGGCUCUUGUAAUGACAUUGACAAAGGCUCAGCUAGCUUACCUCAGGAAACAGUUUGAAAUAUUAGGCGGGAGAAAGGGUUUUAUUUUGAUGCAGGAUUUUAAGGAGGCUGUGACAAGGAGGUCUACCGAGGCUAUGAAGCAUUCAGGGACUCUUGAGUAUGCCAAUGAGGUUUCUAAUUUGGCAUAUGGAGCAAAGUUUGAUUUCCAAGAAUUCUGUACGGCUGCCAUAAGUGCUGAUCAGCUGGCGGGAACAGCGAGUUUGGAAGAAUAUGCAAGGGAGGCUUUUAAGCAUUUCCCCAGAGAGGAACGUAGGGUUGGCACCUCACAACGGCAGACAACUUUCAACGAAUUCAUCAAACUACUACAUGAUCAUUCGCAGACUAUUUAAGGGUCCGACUGGAGUUUCAGAGAUCUUCUGAACUCUCCUUUGAAAGAAAAGAUCUGAGGGGGACCAAAUGCCAUGCACAACGAAAGACGACCGCAUCAUAAAUAACCGUUGUCAUGAUAUGCUCGGAACCACUGCGACACCUUUUCUGUUUUUUUCCAUUUUCUUUUUUUCUUUUGGCUUUUUCCAAGACUAUGCUUUUGAAUGCAGACUGUGCUUUAUUAUUUGCUUUCUAGCUUUUGCUUUGUUCUGCAACUAUUUGGGUUUUGCUAUGCUUGAAAGCCUUUUGCGUGCCUUUUAA